UCUUACAAUGUGAUUUUUAACCUACCCCUUACCCCACUGCCAACCUUAUGCCUAACCCUAAAUUAAGAACAGAAGGCACAUUUUUAUUUUCAUGAAUUUUUACGAUAUAGCCAAUUUUGACUUUGUUUCUGUGCUAUCUAGUGUAAACACGCUGUAGGGUUUGGUAGAACAAGGACCAAUUGAAUCGUAAUCGAGCUUUGACAAUGUGUGGACCACCAUACACAAGCUAGUAGCUCCAUCUUCGUAGACAUGGACAGUACACUGGAGAACAUGGAGCCCAGCAGUCCGCUUCGGGACUUGGAGGAACUAGACACCACAGGACCCCUGAAUCAGGCAUGCCUACUGAAUGAGAGUGACUUGCUCUUUGGUGAUCUCAGCGACGUUGUCACCCUCAACGAGCCCCCUGUCUACGUCCUCGAGACGCCUAGCCCCCAGUACUUUAGAAGGAGACGGCGGUACAAUGGGUUUGAAAACUUUGGAUCUGCUGCUCUCCUCAGCCCGCCUCCCAGUGGAGAGGACAAAUCUCUCAGCAGGACCCCCACCUCUCAUCAGACGUCAAAACGCAGGAAGCUGUCUGUGCCAGCCACCAGCAUGAGAGGUGAAGCCAAACCGGGCACCUUGUGGGCGACCAGUGGUUUUGUACCCACUUUGUCACUCAUGACAACAGACUCGUCUAUGGUUACCUGUCUGGAACCUCCUCUCCCCUCCUCUAUGCCUUGUUCUUAUUCAUCAUCACCACCCUCAUCCUCCCUUGGUGCGCCCCCUGCCUCACAGGCCCCAGUGGCAGAAUCCACAGUGGAACCUGGUCCCACUAGUCACAGCAGAGGCAGGAAGAAGACCUCUAAAAGAGCGGUCUCUACCAAGUCCAGCUCCAAGGCCUCAGCAUGUGCCCAAGCCCUAACAAACCCCACCACAGACUCGGUGUCAUACCUGCUAAGCACAGAGAAAGAGAGGCAUACUGCUGGCCUGGAGCUUCCUCUCUCUACAGCUGAUGCAAUGCUGACCAAAUAUGACGAGAUAGUCAUCAGUGACAAUGAUGAUGACGUCUUUGUCGAGGCAAUGGUUCUCUCAGCGCAGUUGGAGGAAGAUGAGGCGUUUGCCCACAGUCUUCAGGAACAGUUUGACAGAGAGGAGCAACUGCAGCAGGAACAAAGGAGACAGCAGGAGGCCAUGCCGCCCAGCAGACCCCACCACCACAACUACCCAUAUGAUCCUCACUUGGGGAUGAACUGGAUGUCUCCCUGGCCCUCAGCAGUGAACUACGCAGCUUUUCCCCAUCAAGUCACAGGAUUAGAGGAAGAGUUGAUGGGCCGGUGCAGAGGAAGAGGCCGCUGUCGUGCUCCACAUCGCAGAAACCCCCGUCAUGCAGUCCCUGCCCUAUUUGAUGACAGCCAAGGAGACAACUAUGAGGCUCUACUGGCCUUUGAGGAGGGCCAGGGUGCUGUUGUGGCCAAGAAAACCCUGAGUGAGAGGGAGAUCGAGAGGCUGCCUACGAAAACCUACGACCCAGCACAUAGUGCGGGAAAGACACAGUGUCAGAUCUGUUUCUCGGACUACACAGAGGGGGAACUGCUGAGGAUGCUCCCUUGUCUCCAUGACUAUCAUGUGCAGUGCAUCGACCGCUGGAUAAAGGAAAACACCACGUGCCCUAUCUGCCGAAUUGACAUAUCGGAGUGCUGUGGUGACUGAGCCUGAGGGACCACAGAACACAUACCUCACUGGACAGGACAACCUCUCGUGUGUUAAGGUCAUACUGUGUCUUACUGUUUGAAGAUCAACCUUCUACAAUAACAUUAAUCACCAGAUGUGAGUUUAAGUGUAUUUUUUAUUUUUUUUAUCAACUUAAAAAUAAUCCCCCCACAUCAAGCUGUUCUACUUGAAUACGAGAACUCAGGAUCGGAUCGCUGCUAUUUUUUGGUAUUCUCAUUCCACAUUUAAUGUUUUAUUCAGAUAAAUAAAUAAAACAAUUCUGAAAGGUU